AUGCCACCAAAAUGUAUAGCUAAGAGAAGGUCACCCCCAGAAGAUGCUCUCCCCAAAAGCAAGAAGGUGAAGGACCGUCGUAACCAGGCAGUGAGGGCCGUUGCCUCCCGUCGUGUUCCAGUCUCCCAUAGGUCCCACAGCACAGAACCAGGCAUCGUGCUGACACUGGGCCAGGGCGACGUGGGCCAGCUGGGGCUGGGCGAGAAUGUGAUGGAGAGGAAGAAACCAGCCCUGGUGCCCAUUCCGGAGGACAUCGUGCAAGCUGAGGCUGGGGGCAUGCAUACUGUGUGUCUAAGCAAAAGUGGCCAGGUCUACUCCUUCGGCUGCAACGAUGAAGGAGCCCUGGGACGGGACACAUCAGUGGAGGGCUCCGAGAUGGUCCCCGGGAAAGUGGAACUGCAAGAGAAAGUGGUACAGGUGUCAGCAGGAGAGAGUCACACAGCAGCUCUCACUGAGGAUGGUCGAGUUUUCCUCUGGGGCUCCUUCCGGGACAAUAAUGGUGUGAUUGGACUCUUGGAGCCCAUGAAGAAGAGCAUGGUGCCCCUGCAAGUGCAGCUGACUGUGCCUGUAGUGAAGGUGGCCUCAGGAAAUGACCACUUGGUGAUGCUGACAGGUGAUGGUGACCUCUACACUUUGGGCUGCGGGGAGCAGGGCCAGCUGGGCCGUGUGCCUGAAUUAUUUGCCAACCGUGGUGGCCGUCAGGGCCUUGAACGACUCCUGGUCCCCAAGUGUGUGAUGCUGAAAUCCAGAGGAAGCCGGGGUCAUGUCAGAUUCCAAGAUGCCUUCUGUGGUGCCUACUUCACCUUUGCCAUCUCCUGUGAGGGCCAUGUAUAUGGUUUUGGCCUCUCCAACUAUCAUCAGCUUGGAACCCCAGGGACAGAAUCUUGCUUUGUACCCCAAAACCUGACAUCCUUCAAGAACUCUACCAAGUCCUGGGUGGGCUUCUCUGGUGGCCAGCAUCAUACAGUCUGCAUGGAUUCAGAAGGAAAAGCGUACAGCCUGGGCCGGGCUGAGUAUGGGCGGCUGGGCCUUGGGGAGGGUGCUGAGGAGAAGAGCAUACCCACCCUCAUCUCCAGGCUCCCUGCUGUCUCCUCAGUGGCUUGUGGGGCCUCCGUGGGGUAUGCUGUGACCAAGGAUGGUCGUGUGUUUGCCUGGGGCAUGGGCACCAACUAUCAGCUGGGCACAGGGCAGGAAGACGAUACCUGGAGCCCAGUGGAGAUGACAGGCAAACAGCUGGAGAACCGUGUGGUCUUAUCUGUGUCCAGUGGGGGCCAGCACACAGUCUUCCUAGUCAAGGACAAGGAACAGAGCUGA